CCGUUGCUUCCUGUGUGAGCCGUUGAACUCGGUCUGUCUGCAGAGAGUCUCCGGUAUGGACAGCCGCCUUACUCCUCAACUUUUUACCGGAGAUUUUACCGCUGUUGUUUUACAUUUGACACCGUUUAUAUCAUCUGGAAAUGGAUUUCUGAACGGAAUAAGCCGAAACUGAGCUCGACGAGAGUUAAUUCGACCGUUUAGAUUCAUUUUUUUCUGUUGUUCGAGUUGUUGAAGGAAAGGAAGAGGGAAAAUGCCAGUUGCAACUCUUCUGCCUUUUACCGCGACUCCGAAUAGGAAGUCUGCCAGCCCGACCUCCUUCAGGUUGACAGAGAAAUUUAUUCUGUUAUUAGUGUUCAGCGCUUUUAUAACGCUAUGUUUCGGGGCCAUUUUCUUUCUACCGGACUCGUCCAAGCUGCUUAGCGGAGUUUUCUUUCAUUCCUCCGCGGUGGAGACCAACACCCGCACCGGUCCGGACAGCAGCGACUCAGGUUCGGCUGGAAACGACGAGAGGGUCCUCGCCAAAAUCAGGAAAGACCACGAAAAAGCUCUGUUAGAGGCCAAGGAUACUCUACAAAAACGGCCCGACGAGAUAAAACAAGACAUUAUUAAUGACAAGGAUAAAGUUGUAAAGGAGAGUAUAGGUCAAGGUGGGAAGGAUCUCAAUAAUUUACCUUUCGUUCAGUAUCACCGCCCGCCCGGGGCGACUGGACACGAACCUCUGGACCCCGAGACCAGGGACAGACGGGCUAAAAUCAAAGAGAUGAUGAAGCAUGCGUGGGACAGCUACAGGCGCUACGCCUGGGGUUCCAAUGAGCUCAGGCCCGUCUCCAAGCAAGGCCACUCCAGCAAUCUAUUUGGAAGUAUAAAAGGAGCGACGAUCGUGGAUGCUCUGGAUACCCUCUACAUCAUGGAAAUGUUCGAUGAAUUCGAUGCUGCCACUGACUGGGUAGAGAAGAACCUCGACUUCAAUGUGAAUGCAGAAGUUUCCGUGUUUGAGGUGAACAUCCGGUUUGUCGGAGGUCUGCUGUCCGCCUACUACCUGUCUGGAAAAGAGGUAUUCCGCAGAAAGGCGGUGGAGCUGGGUGAAAAGCUGCUGCCAGCCUUCAAAACGCCCACCGGCAUCCCCUGGGCUCUGCUUAACCUCAAGAGUGGUAUUGGGAGAAACUGGCCCUGGGCGUCCGGCGGCAGCAGUAUCCUGGCAGAGUACGGCACCCUGCAUCUGGAGUUCAUGCACCUCAGCAAACUCUCUGGGAAUCCUGAGUUUGCUCAGAAGGUAAUGAACAUCAGGAAAGUCCUCAACCGCCUGGACAAACCUCAGGGGCUGUACCCCAACUACCUGAACCCUAACAGCGGCCAGUGGGGCCAACAUCACGUGUCUGUAGGUGGCCUGGGUGACAGUUUCUAUGAGUACCUGCUCAAGGCCUGGCUGAUGUCUGACAAGACUGAUGAGGAAGGCAAAAAGAUGUACUAUGAUGCCCUGCAGGCGAUAGAAACCAACCUGAUGAGGAAGUCGAGCAGUGGGCUGACCUACAUAGCGGAGUGGAAGGGGGGGCUGCUGGAGCAUAAGAUGGGUCACCUGACCUGUUUCGCAGGUGGCAUGAUCGCUCUGGGUGCCGAUGGGGCGCCCAGCGACAAGACGGGCCACCAGAUGGAGCAGGCCGCCGAGAUCGCCCGGACCUGUCACGAGUCUUACGCCAGGACUGCUCUGAAGCUUGGUCCGGAGGCGUUUCGUUUCGACGGCGGGGUCGAGGCCAUCGCAACUCGCCAGAACGAAAAAUACUUCAUCCUCCGCCCCGAGGUCAUCGAGACCUACAUGUACAUGUGGAGGUUCACACAUGACCCCAAAUACAGAGAGUGGGGCUGGGAGGCCGUUCAGGCCUUGGAGCAGCAUUGUAAAGUAGAAGGAGGCUACAGCGGCGUCAGAGACGUGUACGCCUCGACUCCGAAUCACGACGAUGUACAACAGAGCUUCUACUUGGCAGAGACGCUCAAGUAUCUCUACCUGCUCUUCUCCGAUGACGACCACCUACCAUUCGACCACUGGGUCUUCAACACAGAGGCUCACCCUCUGCCCGUCAUCAGGAAGGACAAAACAGACAGACCCAACGAGGUGGAGUAGUGGAACCAUCCUGCGCUGACAUCCAAACACAAGUGCAAGAACCUCUGAUCCUGUAUACCUGAGCCUCCAGCUGUCUGUCUGAAACAGUUUAGCCAUUUGGAGUCCCCAAUGGUUACAGAUGCCUCUUGAUCGGAUUUCACUUUUUAUUUUUAAUGGGAUCAAAACUGAAUUCAAGCCUGAUGGAGCUGAAUUCUCGCUGUAGAGUCCAGUUUUUUGUUUGUUUGUUUGUUUUCUAAACGUUCAGCUCCGGUUGAGUCCAGACGCUGACGUGAUCCAACAUUUUUGCUGCUGGAUAAUGUAAUAACUUGUCAAGACAUAAUAAAUUGUCCCUCCACAUGAGUUUCAAACCAUAAUGUGAUAAACUGAAGGGUUUCUUCAGGCUGGUAUAGUAAGUUUUUAAUAUUAUUGGAUCAUAAAAGUGGUACUUUUUGAAGAUAUUACUGGAGUUUAUUUCACUACCAGCUCAUUCAGAGGGACAAUCUGACCAAUUAUCACAUUAUUCAUUAGUUGUUAUGUUGUGAGUAGCUACAGCUAGUCUGUUUUUCCGUGAAGGAGAACGCUGAAAGACCAGAACCAGUCGUCUCCCUGGUGUGGAUAUUUUUUGGACCCCCCCGGUCUUUGAGCACCAACCACAGAAAAACUCCAGCUCUCGUCUUGAGGAUCACAAGGUUGACUCAGUGAGCUGACAGGAUGCUUCGUUCACUUCUCACGCAUCAUCUUUUCCGUCUGCUGUACCGCUUUAAUAUCUGAAUAGGAACCGGUUUUUCUCGCGCCAACCAACACUGGUGGCCGCCGCCAUCUUCUACGCCGUCUUCAGAGAAACAUUUGUUUUUCUAAAGAAACGUGGUUGUCUCUGUGGAAGCAAAGAAAAAGACGCAGCACAACCCAAGCCUCUUUUUAUAAAAAAAAACAUUCUGCUUCCUCUCCACCACCCUUUACCCAAACACCUGACUGCUCCCUCCUUCCCCUGAGUUUGGUGUGACACAGGACAACCAGCCACACCAGCUCUCUACCUGCCAGUAACUAACACUUUCUCCCCAGGACGUUUACACAAAGCUGUCUCCUCUUCUUCUGCUUAUCUAGUCCUUAGUCUGGCUUUUUGGAUUCUGGAUUUAUUUCUCUUUCUCACAUUCACACCAAUAUUGCGUGGGUUAGACCGAUACAGGUGUUUGAAAGCUGAUGACUUCAACUGACAGUCAAUAUCUGUGUUCAUUUCCCAAACUCAAAAAUAUCAGUGAUUACAGCAGUUUGAGUGUAAAAGUAACUUUUCUGGAGCUUUCACCCACAUCUCACAGUCUUCCUCUGUGAUGUUAAAGUCACUCAGCUGUUGUGGGGAUGAGUAAGACCAUAAGGAGUGGUUGAAAAGUCUAGAAAAAGCUGGGACCUGGAGUUAAAUUUGUUUGGAUUGCAGUCCACUGCAACUGUUAAUACCUUUAAAUCUGAACGUUUUCAUGCAUAAAGAACAAAUUUUGUAGAUCCAGGGACACCCAAAGUCUCAACUGAAGAGGUUACUGAUUGAUUAUGUCAAUUCAUAUUUGUACAAUCUGAUCCCAGUGUCUCAGUAGAGGUCUCCCACAGACGACUGGUUUAAUCCUGAUAUCAGAUCAGCAGACCGGUGUAUCGGUCAGACCUCCUUUUUUUGUUGUUGUAUCGCUUCUUCUUGUCUCCAUCCUCCAGGUCUAGCAUAGGGCAGGCUGUAGGAUCUUCCCUCCUCUAUGAGGAGACGCAGACUCUUGACUUCGCUGUAAUAUUUCACCUUCACACACACACACACACACUCACAAGAAGCCAUACUGAUUCAAUACAGCUUUACCAUUCUGUCGUUGAGACUUUUUUUGUUCCCUUCAUCCUCCACGUUUUGGGGAGGGGUAGAGGCGUGUGUGACUGUACUGACACAAACCAUGUUGCUGUUCUUUCUUGUACAAUUCGUGUCCGAUCAAAGUCACGCUCACCUGACCAUUCAGUCAGGUUUCAUGGUAAAGAUUUCUCCAGAUGCCACACAGAACUGUAGCCAGAUUAAAUCCAGUUUAGUUGUCAAUCUAGUGCCUUCACUGCUGGAAAAGAGUCAGAGGGAGAGACGGCUCACACAAACACAAAAGACCAGUUUUAAGUAGCUUUGUAGCUUUAAGUGAAGUUCCCAUCAUCCUCAGGUGAGGAUUAUACCAAAACUGCACACGGACUAACAGAUAAAUCAGACUUUUCAUGUGAUAUUCGAUGUAACUGGAGUUGGUGAAAACUUCAGAUCAGACCACCAAAAGGUCCAACUCUGGAUCACAUACACAGAGUUAAACAUUUAAAAUAACAAGGCUUAUGUAGUUAUUCGCCCAAGUUCAAGUUUGGCCAACUAUUAAUCAUCUUUUAAUGGUUUUAGACCAGUAAAGGUCCCAGUCACACAUUAGAUAAUUGCUUGACUACACUGACAUCUAGUGGUGAAAGUGUCCUAUUACAAUAGACAUGAGACCUGGGCUAAAUGGCUGCAGUCUGAAAAGUUUAGACUAAUAUUCAUGGACAUACAUCACUGAUUUUUGGGUGAAACUGUUGACUGGAAUAAUAAUUACAAGAUUUUGGAAAGAGGGAAAAACAACCUCAUUUUAAACUCAGUCCUACAAUAAUGAUAGAUGCUCAUGAGAGUGUGUAAAAAUGAAAAAUCACCAGACCUGGAUCUUAUAAAGUCUGUAUUUCAUGCAUGUUUGACCUUUUAGUACAAGUUAUAAAAGAGGUCUCAGCCUCCAUCUUGUGUAUUUGAACAGAGAAUUGACACAGAAAGGUUCGCCUCCUUCAGCAAUCCUGCUCCUCUAAAUGAGCUUUAAGCAGACUUAAGUGUCACUGGUAGAUCUGGUAGAUCUGGUAGAUCUGGCAGAUGGCAAGUCAUUACAAAGUUCAGUCAAUAACCGCGUCAAUGCCAAAAAUACUUUAAAGUGGAUUCAUGUGUUUCAGCCGUCUGACAGACUGCAGAGAGGCUGCAGUGAGUGACAGUUCUCAGCAGGUUUGAAGGUUUAUUUAGCCCAGGUAUCACAAACACAUAACAGAGACACUUCGCAGCAGUCUAUAAAGGGAUAGUCCAACAGUUUUAACUGACAUACUGUCUAUUCCCAUGUUUCAGCCUCAGUAUCACUAAAAAUAACUAGAAUUUAUUCAAGGAUUUCACCUCAUUUUUGUGUCUCCACAUUCAAAAAGUUGUAGUUUGCCGAAACACAGCGAUGCUGGUUACAGUACAAGGUCCUCUCUAAAUCAAAUUCAUCUCCCCACAGCCCCCAUGAGCAGGUUAACAGUAGACUUUGCUGAUUUUCAACCAGUGUUUUGUCAUUUAAGACGUCGUCCAGCUGACUGGAGGGAAGGUAAACAUUGUUCAUCUCCAUGUACUGAUGAAGCUGAAGCUGGUUUAAAAAAUCACCUGUAAAGAGAACAAGAAAUGGUUAAACUACAGUGUUUGUGUUGUGAAUGCUGUUUUUAAAUCCAGUUAAAUCCCAGAUAGUGUUUCAUUUUAUUUGAUGGGAACAUUUGAAAUAAAGUGACAUCAAAAAUUCUACUUAAAAACCAAAAACAGUGAGGUCUCCUCGUAUAAAUGACCAACACAGUCACCAGGCUUUUCCCCUUCAGAUUGAAGAAUGUUGAGUUUGUGAGCUGUGAGAAAUCCCUCCAUAUUCUUCAUAUCACUGUACAGACGACAGUGUCUACGUGUUUAAUCUGUGUUUUUGUUUAAUUAGAGCUGGUUUAGAGGCAUUUAUUAUAUUAUCCAUGUGAUGACGUAUUGUAAUGGUUGAUUUUGCUGAUUGUGUUAAUUUAUUCUGUAGUAGUGAACAUAGGACUCAGAGGUGUUGGGAUCUGACCCCCAGGUGGCGCUGUGAGUGUAAGAGAUACUCGUUUUUUAUCAUCAGAUAUUUAAGAUCACAGUAAUCAGCUUUAAUUACACCAACACAUCAACAGGAAGUUGUAGGUGUUUUAAACAGCUGCUACCUUGAAGUGGUGAGAGGAGACCACCUGGAGUCGAUCAGACAACCUCACAGGAGGAUAGGAACUGUAUGAAUGUACCAUCCAAUGUGAAGUGAAGAAUAUUUUAUAUGCAUUUGUCUCUGUUUGUUCACUUCUAUGUGCUUUUGUUGCAUUUUAUUUUGUUGUUUCUUUUAUCUUGUAAAGCACAAAAAGUCAAAGCAGGUGGAGAAAAGUCUGUCGUCCAUAGAGUAAGAGGGAGAGAUGGGUCUGGGUUUAUUUUUUGUUUGUUUGUUUGUUUUGUUUCUGAUGGCUGUUAGAUGCAGUGACGACCAGCUGUUAAUGAUCCAAAUCUGCCACGUGAUCAGUACAUGGGAUUUGUAUUUUUCUGAUUUGUUGUUUUGAGGAUCUCAAACAUAAACACAGACUUAUAGGAAUCUGUCAGCGUUCCAGUAUAAAGCAGGUGGAUUUAAGUGUUAAUCAUACAGUGUAGUGUUAAGAUACUGAAGCUGCUUGAUAUGAAUAUAGAAAAAAAUCUUUCAUAUCUGACAGUGAGAGCUGAGGAUUGAAGAUUUAAAGUAUGUACUCUGAGUCCAUACUGAUAUAACUCUGCUUCAUUAGUGUUUCUGUCUGGACAGUCACUGAAAUCAGCUUUGGACUCAUUAAGUCAAGAUGAAGAUGUUUUUUUUUUUUACCUUAUUUGCCCAGUGUAGGCUGUGUAAAGUGGUAGCUCAGUGUCCACUAAAAAGACACUUUAAUGUUUAGAUUUUUUACCCUUUAAUUUUGAAGUUAAGCCUUCAUGUUAGUGUCGAUGAAUAUUGAUCUUGGACCAAUGAAAAUGUCAUGUUGGUUUUAUUCAGACAGUUAAAUUAGUCUUCUGGUAAAGCUCGGUUAGCUAAGCUCUCAGUCUCUGCACACUGUUGUUUAAAGUCAGAAGUAACACAUUCCCAUUACACCAGUGUGCAGCACUGCAACUACCAAUUAUUUCCAUCAUCAGUCUGCCAGUUAUUUUCUACAUUACCUGAUUAAUCGUUUGGUCCAGAAAAUGUCAGACAAUAGGUCCAUCAUAGUUUCUCAGAGUCCACUGGUGGCAUCUCCACAUUUCCUGUUUUAACUCCUCACACCAGAGAAACUGGAACCAGAGAACGACUAAAGUUGUUGUAGCUUUAAAAAGAACAACUUUUAAUUAAUCGAUUAUUAAAAUAGUAGUUUUCAUUAAUCAGUUAGUUGUUGCACCUUUUUGUUGCAGCAGCAGAAACACUGUCUGCUGCAGCAGCUAGUGCUUUAAUUAAACUGCGGAUAAAUUAUGGAGUUGUCUGGUGGUAGCAUUUCAUUUCAUUGGCUUGAAAACUCCAUACAGAACUCCUUUAAAAAAAUGUCCAUUUUAAGCUGCAGUGCAACAUGAAGGUGUUGAUGCUGCCUGGAUUUUACUGAAGUCAGCUGUUGUUAAUUCUGAUGACUUCUGUCCAGUUAUCAAACUUGUGUUGUUGCAGAGAUUCUUACAAUAGUGGGGGUUAUAUGUUUAAGUCUUUUGCUGCGGUAAAUAUGGUGGUAUGAAGUGGUAAUCAUUUUCCUGAUAUUUGUUAAUGGGUAUUUGAAUUAAUUGGUACAGGGUGUUUUUACAGUCUCUCUCCAUGUGUUAAGAAUUAUUAGUGCAGUUCUGCAGCCUGAAGUUUGGAUCACAGGUGUGUUAAUGUAACCGUGCACAGACUUUCAACUGUGUUUGAUUUGUGAUUUUGACUUAAAGGGCUGAUCCGCCGCAUUUUCCCCAGAAGGAAGUCAGAAUUUUUAGGCUCUAUAUUUGGUUGGAUUUAUCUCUGCAGGCGCCCUCCUGGAUUUUUAAAGUGUUUUUUCACUCAUGUGACACUGAUCUGAUCGUUUCACUGCCUGAACAGGGAGGAAAUACAGAACGUAUUUGGUUGUUCGUGUGAGCGUCAGUGUAAAGUCUGCUUCAGCUUCACGUAGUGUGACAUCAGGCAUCGUUAGUUUUCUUUUCAUUUUUGUUUCCUUAAAAGGUUGAAUUGUCUUUGGUGAUUUUUCUGGAUAUUGUGUUGACGAUCUGUUGCGUUCCAAUGCCUUUAUAUUAGUGAACAUUAAAGGGAAAUGCCACCUAUUUUAGGAAUUCACUGUUUAGUCCUUGUGGAAAAUGCAUCACUUUUCCUUAAAGAAACUUCUAAUAUAUAUCACACUGACAUCACUUCUUCUCUCUGAGCGGUGUCAUUAAAUAAGACUGACCUGUCCCGGGACUCAGAUAAUCUUAAUCCUUAAAAUGUUUGGCAUUUCCCUUUAAAAGGUUUAAUUGUGUGAAACCAACCUCAGAAAUGUAUCUGUACAAAAUAUUGCUGAUAAUCAUUCCAUUGCACAUAGUUUACUUUGCGUUUAUAUGCAAUAUUUUAAUUUUGUGGGGAAAUUUGUUUUAUUGUGUUAAUAUUAUUAUUAUUGAAAAAAAUGUAAAUAUUCCAUUCUGGCAAAUGAGCCGUUCUACAUUUAUAUAAAAAUCUUCUGAGCUUAUGGAUUAAAAUGAUAUUAAUGAGCAGCAGACUUUUUAAUAAACUAUAUUUGUUACACUUCUAUUGUGAAUAAAAAAAUCUUUUAAUAA